AAAAGGCAUAGGCAAAAGUGGGAAACCACUUCACUUCAAGGGAAGCUCAUUCCACAGAAUUAUUCCUAGUUUUAUGAUCCAGGGAGGCGACUUCACUCUAGGAGAUGGCAGAGGGGGGGAAUCCAUUUACGGAGAGAAAUUUGAGGAUGAGAACUUCAAAAUCAAGCACACAGGACCAGGACUGUUAUCCAUGGCAAAUGCUGGCCGUGGUACCAAUGGAUCCCAAUUCUUCAUCACAACAGUUACAACGAGCUGGUUGGAUGGGAGGCAUGUUGUGUUUGGUAAGGUGCUAUCUGGUAUGGAUGUGGUGUACAAAAUUGAAGCAGAAGGGCGACAAAACGGAACACCUAAAAGCAAGGUCGUAAUUGCUGAUAGUGGAGAUUUGCCACUGUGAGUUGAUAACGCCCUUCAUUAGCUUAUGCAUUAUCUUUUGUGUGCUAGAACAAUGGAUAUGAAUAUCUAUGGACCAGUUAAAUGUUUUAUUUUAUUUUAUUUUUGAAUUUUUAUAUUUUAUAGUUGAGGUGGUGGCCUUGAAUACAUUUUAAGUUUAUAGUUGAGAAUAUUUGGGUACA